AUGCCAUUCUCCAGGUUCAAUCGGCGGCGGAAAGACUACGAUCCCAUCGAAGGCCUGACUUUAUUUGAAUGGAUUGGAGAAGUAGGUACUUUACUAGUAACUCAUAUAUAUUUUUGCGCGUUUUAAAUAAUAUUGGAGGGUUUCGCAAAGAGCAAUCUGUUCUGGAAAGAGUAUAGAUUAUAAUUCAGUUAGGGAUUUGCAUAUUGAUGGGCUCGUUUUAUGUUCGUAUAUACCAGGAAAACUCCAUUUUCUGUAAUUUUGAAUUAUGAUUCAAGAUAAACUCUCUGAAGAUGGCAAGACGAAGGUCCGUUUAUUCUGUUGACAACUCUCCCUGUUUCAGAUGCCCUUUCACAGAAAUCAUGAUGAUAUCAAUUCGGCUGCACCGCUUUUCGACAGCUCAGAACGGUAAGUCAUUGAUAAUAUUAUACAAUGUAAUUCGGAUUUUAGGAUUCUUUUCGAUUUCAAUACUGCCCUGGAUGAACUCUCCCCCCAACAAAAGGCCUAUGGAGAGCGUCUUAGACGUCAUUUGCAAUUCUUCUUUCUAGACCCUGUCAAUAAAUUCAAAUUGAGAAGACAAUUCCCUUUCAAAUUGGCCUUACAAAUUCUUAAAGUGGUAUUUGUGUCCAUCCAGGUGAGUCUUGUUUGCUUUAGUUUAUGGGUUUAGUUGUUACUAUUCGCGGAUCUUCGGAUAAAUCAUGUGGACUUUCUGGAUGAUACUGUAACAGUGAUGAGGCACAAAUUUCUGAAGGAUUGGGACCAUGAAAGAGAUGCUGUUACUUAUCCACCUGAAGCCGGAAGGUAUUCUGUAUUUACUAGUGACGAGAUUGUCGAACACAUCAGCCACAUUGUCUCAUCGGUGAGUCUGGAAUAAAUUUUAUAUUUUACUUGACAUUUCUGAUGGCUAAGAUAUAUGAAUUUUAGUAUUAUUCUUUACAAAACGAGUCGUUUGCCAGUUUUUCCUAUGAUACGAUAAGAUCAUUUCCUCAACGCACCGAGGAACCAUUUUCUAUCAAGAGCACCGAAUUCGAUCACAUUCCCACGAUGAGAUUCUGCGUAAAGAAACUGGCCGAUGUAAGGGUUGAGAAUCACACUUACGUAUUCGAUAUCUCGAUGAAAACAGGUGCGUAACAUGAUUAUUUAUGUGAUCGCUGUUUAGAUUGUUCGAAGCUUAACUUCACUCAACAAGAUAUCGACGAGAUCCAGAAAGAUCCCCACAAUAUCCGGCACUUCUUCAAGCGGAUGAAUGUCACAUUCCGGUCAGAAGACGCCCUUAUCAUCCAAGAAUCUUCGUUGGCCUUCAACUUAAGAACCAUCCAUUUUUCCCCAGGAAACAUGGAUCAAAAACCGGAAUGCUACUUAAUUGAGAUUGUAAUUACCUUUGACAACUCGCGGCAUACAGGCCAAGUGUUUAUUCGUCUGGAUGCUGUCAUAAAAUAUGUGAAUUUGUGUAAUGGAAGGGUCCUCCAAGUCAAUGGAUUCUCCAAAGACUCGAUUAUUGUCGGGGCCAUUGAUAUCCUCGUGUUACUUAUGUGUCUUUUAUCCCUUCUGUUAUGUUGCAGGGCAUUGUUUCGCGCUCACCGACUUAAAAAUGUAAGUUUUAGCUGUUAUAAUGCAAUAUAGUAUGAGGGAUAUUAAUGAAGCGCUUCAGAUGACCAAUUAUUUCUUCGAAAACGUUUUUCAUGUAAAAAUUAGUCUAAAAGACGACUUAUCCUUCUUAAACAUGUGGUAUGUGAUGAUUGUGAUCAACGAUGUGUGUAUUGUGAUCGGAACUGUGUGCAAGAUCGCCAUCGAAUUCAGAGAUUUUGACAAUAGUAUGUUUACAUUAACAGGAGUUUUGUUGGGUAUUGGAUGUCUUUUGGUUUACAUUGGAUUAUUCCGAUAUCUCGGAUUCUUCAGUCAAUACAGUGUAAGUGAAGUCUAACGUUACUUAUAUUAUUAUUGGCUUAGGUCUUAAUCCUCACUUUGAAACGUGCCUUGCCUUCGAUUUGUCGAUUCUUGGUGUGCACUGUCAUCUUAUAUGUGGGUUUUUUGAUCGCCGGAUGGGUAAUCAUUGGACCGUACAGUAUUAAAGUAAGUCGUUUAUGUUUUCAAGAGUUUGUUGAAAAAUGAUUGCCUGGAUUUAUUAAUAUUUUCAGUUUCGGACGUUAUCAGAGUCGUCGGAGGCUUUGUUCUCAUUAAUGAAUGGCGACGAUAUGUUUGCGACGUUUUAUACGAUCAACGAUUCCAAUGCCACUAUCAAAUUCAUCGGAACUAUGUAUAUUUACAUAUUUGUUUGCAUGUUCAUCUACGUGGUUUUGUCCCUUUUUAUCGCCAUUAUCAUGGAUGCCUACGAAGUGGUUAGAGUAAGUUGCUGACAUUGAUUACUGUACUUGACGUAAUAUGUUUUGCAUUGGUCAUAUUACAUUGACGAUUUAUUUUAGGAGAGUGUGAAAAGAGGAGUUGUGGUGGAACGAUCUUCCCUCCAAGAAUUUUUAGCCAGUGUGGAAUUGCCUCAGGACCUCGGGAGUGGCGAAACUCGAGAAAUGUUCGCUCCGGAUCGGCUAGUCAGACUAGGUUGGUAAUGAUAGUGGUGUUGUCAUGCUCACGGCCAAAGAACUCAUCCACAUUAACUUAAAGAUUUCGAAUUUCUCAGGAAAUAAAAGUUUUGAUCCUCUCACUCUUCUGUUCGCCUUCCUUCGGACAUCGGGGUACUGUAGUUUGUCCGGAAGUGUAUGUUGUUCCAUGUGUUUAAUACAGGUGUUGGUGGCUUUUUAUUUUUUGGAGUUUAUUUCCUUGUUUUUAACAACAUCAUCUAACAUUCUGCACGUACUAAUCGAGUCGAUGUUUUUGAUUUUUAUGCGUACCUAAUAAUGAGUCAUCUCUCUUUCAGAUGACGUCAUUUCGGAGUAUUGGUCACGCUUCGCACAACAAAUAAAUGUAUGGCUCGGCCGCUCGGAGCCGGCAUUCGAUCAAUUCGAGAACCCGGCCCACGAUCAGCCUGUUUUUCUGCAUAAUAUGACAGCUCAGCAUUAA